AUGGACAAGAUGAGGGAAGCAAGGUUGAAAUUGUUCGAUCAUGUGAAGAAGAGAGACUUUUCAUACAAUCAACAUAAGAAACUUAAAGAAGAGGACGUCGCUGUUUGUGAAUGCAAAUAUGGUGUCAAUGAUCCUGAAACUGCUUGUGGAGAAAGAUGCUUAAAUGUACUGACCAGCACUGAGUGUACACUAGGAUACUGUCAGAGUGGUGAAAAUUGCAGGAAUCAGAGAUUCCAGAAAUGUGAAUAUGCAAAAACUAAGUUGUUCAGGACUGAAGGGCGUGGUUGGGGUCUUUUAGCUGAUGAGAAUAUAAAGGCUGGACAGUUCAUCAUGGAAUACUGUGGAGAAGUGCUAUCAUCUGAAGCAGCAAAGAAAAGGUGUCUGGCUUAUGAAGCUCAUAAGGUCAAGGAUGCAUACAUUAUUUCAGUGAACGCAAAUUAUUUCAUUGAUGCUACCAAGAAGGGAAGUCUAGCAAGAUUCAUUAAUCAUUCAUGCCAACCAAAUUGUGAAACAAGGAAAUGGAUAGUGUUAGGGGAAACAAGGGUAGGAAUAUUUGCAAAGAGAGAUAUAUCCGUUGGAAUGGAGCUUUCAUAUAACUAUAACUUUGAGUGGUAUGGUGGUGCACCUGUUCGUUGUCUUUGUGGAGCUGCAAACUGUUCUCUUUUUUUGGGUUCCAAAUCUCAAGGAUUUAAGGAGUGCAGCCAUGUCUGGGAAGAAGAGGAUAACAGAUAUAUCGUGGAUAAUCUUCCACUUUAUGACACGACGAAUGAUGAUGAAUCUUCUCCGGUGAUCUCUGGAACUAGUGGAGGAAAUGAGCACACAAAGAUAUUGAAUGACGGUGAGGGGUCUACGUUCAAGGUUGAACCAACUAAUAGUACAAUCAAGAAGAAGUCUCAGCGCAAACCCAAGCUGAAGCAAUUAAAAACUGUUGACCCGGGUUGGAAAUAUGGGAAAAGAGCAAGUGAGACCAAUAAGGCCGCAGUUGAGUGUAACUUUUGUAAAAAAGUUACUAAUGGCGGAAUCUUUCGUCACAAACAACACUUGAUUGGUACUUGCAGGGACGUCACACGGUGUGAACAAUGCCCGGAUGUUGUAAGGGAAGAAAUGAAGAAAUAUGUUGAUGUAAAGAACGAACAAAAACGUCAGGCUUUACUUCAAUCAGAUGUGACUAAUAUUGGUGAUGAUAAAGAUGAAGAUAUAGAAGAAGGUGAAGCUACUGAAUAG